AUGUCGUCCGCGGCGGUCGCUGCUUCUUCCAGGAGGCAGUCGUGUUAUUUGUGCGACCUGCCUCGCAUGCCUUGGGCCAUGAUCUGGGAUUUUACCGAGCCCGUGUGCAGGGGAUGUGUCAACUACGAGGGAGCGGACCGCAUCGAGUUUGUCAUCGAGACCGCCCGGCAGCUCAAGCGGGCUCACGGCUUCCAGGAGGGCCGGUCUCCCGGGCCCGGGAAGUCCCAGCUCUCCGGGAAGGACCUCCAGGCGAUGAACCACGCAGCGGCGGCCGCGGCCGCGGCGGCGGCGGGAGACCCGGGCUCCCGGCCGCCGCAGCCCCUGGACCGCUACCCGCUGUCCUCCGACCGGCCGCCCAGGCUGGGCCCCGAGUACCAGUCCGGCCGCCAGGCCAACGGCAUCCCGGUGCCUAACGGAUUUCCUAAGCCCGACGAGCCGCCGGAGCUCAACCGCCAGAGCCCCAACCCGCGCAGGAAUAGCGCCGUGCCCCCGAACCUCGUGCCUUUGGUGAACGGCAGCAUGCCCCCGGUGCACGCGCUCAACGGCCGGACGGCCCAGAUGGGGCACCCCUCCGCCAUGGCGGCCGCCGGCCCCGCGGAGCUGGCCAAGAGAGCCGCGCCGGGGGCCGGCGGCGAGCACGACCGGGAGGCGAAGGACAAGCACAGAGCGGACAGCCUCACCCCGGACAUCACGGAGAGCCUGAAGAACCGGGCCGAGCAGGAGUGGGGCGGCAAGGGCAAGACCGUGAGGGACCUGAUGGCUCUGCACACCUUCGACAGGUUCAAGAAGGACCACGGGACCAUGCAACAAAGGGUUAUGAGCUACGACACCAGCGCCUCGGGAUCCAAAUCAGACAGAGGCAAGCAUCCCCGCAUGAAGAGAAAAGCAUCGCCUGAACCCGACGGCGAAGUCACGGCCGCCAAGCUGAACGGGGAGGGACAGCAGUGGUUACCGCCGCCCGCCGAAGGACUGAAAAUGCCUCCGGUUCCCCCGCCAAACUUUGCCUCCCCACCCUCCACGAUAUCCCCCCACCCCCGCACCACCCCGCCCGAGGCGGCCCAGAACGGCCAGUCCCCCAUGGCGGCGCUCAUCAUAGCAGCAGACAAUGCAGGUGGGAACAGCUCCCCCAAGGACGGCAACCAGGUCCACUCCACCACCCGCAGGAACAGCAGCAGCCCCCUGUCCCCGUCCUCCAUGAACCAGAGGAGGCUGGCACAGAGGGAGCCGUCCGGGGCAGGCACCCCCCACGUGCCCGGCAUGGACCAAGUGCACCCCCAAAGCAUUCCGGACUCCUCGGUACCGGGCAGCAUACCCCUGUGCUGCACGCUGUGCCACGAGCGCUUGGAGGACACACACUUUGUUCAGUGCCCGUCUGUGCCCUCUCACAAAUUCUGCUUCCCCUGCUCGAGGGAAAGCAUAAAGCAGCAAGGUGCCACGGGUGAAGUGUACUGUCCGAGUGGAGAGAAAUGUCCCCUGGUUGGCUCAAACGUACCAUGGGCUUUCAUGCAAGGGGAAAUCGCCACCAUCCUUGCGGGAGAUGUCAAAGUAAAAAAGGAGAGGGACCCUUGAUUUUGUCUGAACACUUCUUUGGGGAGGGGAGGCAAAAAUAUGAGUAUAAAUAUAUAAAUAUCACAUACAUACCAUUCAAACAAACUAACGGACUUGUACAUAUUGGACCCAAGGGAAGAGUAUACUUCGUAAACAUGGUUGUAUAAUUUUUGAUUUUUGAAUACAUUGUGUUUCUAUAUUUUUGAAGAUAAAGGUAUGUACUCAUCAUAAUGAACUACGUUCCUCUUUGUUGAUGUUUAACAAAAUUCUUGAUGUACUUCUAGGUCUGGUGGCAGUUCCUGUUUAACGUAGAAUGUGACUAAUGCUACUCUACGAGCACUUGGCAAAACUAAAAUGCUUUUAGCUGUACUUGUAUGCACUUGUUUAAAAAUUGCCAAAUACAAUUUCUGAUCUUGUAUGAA